AUGAAUAUAAAGAAGAGCUCGAUGUUUAUCCUCAUCCCCUUCCUAAGCCUUCUCUUUAAUGCAUUAUCAGCAAAAUCCUCAGAAGAGCCACUUGCACCGGCUCUUUAUGUCUUGGGUGACUCUCUAGCCGAUAGUGGCAACAACAACGGUCUACCGACGCAAGCAAAAGCUAAUUACGUGCCAUACGGAAUAGAUUUCAAUGGCGGGGUCUCGGGAAGAUUCACCAAUGGCAAUACAAUGGCAGAUUUCAUUGCUCAGUUGCUUGGGCUACCGCUUGCCCCACCAUACUUGGGCCUUUCAGAGGCUGAGAGAUCACAAAUCAUAACAGGUCUGAACUACGCAUCUGGGUCUGCAGGCAUUCUUCCAGAAACAGGAAGCAGAUUGGGAAAGAAUAUUCCAAUUGGGGAACAGAUUGAUUACUUCCAAAGGACUGUCGAAAUAGACCUUCCACGGAAUUUCACUGAGCCGCAAGCCCUUUUCAACCACUUAUCUAAGUCCAUUUUCUUAGUCUCAGUUGGAAGCAAUGACUACAUCAACAACUAUCUACAGCCAGAUUACUAUAAUUCUAGCAAAUACUUUUCUCCUCAAAGAUUUGCUGGAUUGCUGGUGGAUGAAUUAUCUCAACAUUUGACGAGACUGUAUAAACUGGGAGCAAGGAAGAUCAUUGUAUUUGAGAUUGGCAUACUCGGGUGUAUGCCGAGCAUAACGAACACAAUAGAUUUUAGUAAAGAUUGCGACAAAGAAGUAAAUCGGCUAGUAAUUACGUACAAUGCACAGCUUUCAAUUCUACUGACGAAACUGAAAUCCCUCCUGGAAGGAUCGAUUUUCAUUCAGGGUCAAGUUUUCCUGCCUGGCUACGUCAUCUACCACAGUCCUUACUAUUUCGGUGAGAUUCUGAAACACCUAUGUUUGAUGGGUAGGGAUGGUUUUUAG